UGCAUGGCUUGAAAAUACUGAAGGAGAUUAUUUCACUUGCUCUCCGCAGCUCCCGAUCGGGUUGCCCCAGAGACCGCGACGCCGCCGCGCCGAGGGACCAAUGAGAGCCGCGCUGCUGCCGCGGGCGCCCGUGGUGCUGUCGCUGCUGAUCCUGGGCUCAGCCCAUUAUGCUGCUGGAUGGGCCGGCAAUGACACCUACUCGGGAAAAGGGGAACCCUUUUCUGGGGACCACAGUGCGGAUGAAUUUGAGGUCACCUCAGGAAGUGAGAUUUCCCUUGUGAGUGAGGUGCCUUCUGAUAGUGAACUGUCCUCGGGGAUCGACUAUGACUAUGCAGAAGAGUAUGAUAUUGAGAGGCAAAUAUCUGGCUAUAUCGUAGAUGAUUCAGUCAGAGUUGAACAGGUAGUUAAACCCAAGGGAAACAAAACAGAAAAUGAAAAUACUACAGAUAAACCCAAAAGAAAGAAAAAAGGACACAAAGGUAGAAAAAAUCGAAAAAACAAAAAGAAAAAUCCAUGUGAUACAAAAUUUCAAAAUUUCUGCAUUCAUGGAGAAUGCAAAUAUAUCGAGCAUCUGAAAGCAGUAACAUGCAAAUGUCAUCAGGAUUACUUUGGUGAACGGUGUGGGGAAAAGUCCAUGAAGACUCACAGCAUGGUUGAUGGUGACUUAUCAAAAAUUACGUUAGCAGUCAUAACUGCCUUUGUCUCAGCUGUGACCUUCGCUGUUGUUGCUGCUGUUAUUAUAAUCCAGCUUCGAAAGCGAUACUUCAGGGAAUAUGAAGGAGAAGCUGAAGAACAAAAGAAACUUCGACAAGAAAAUGGAAAUGCACACAUCGUAGCAUAAAAUAAGAUAAUAUUACAGGGAUCGGAGUCACUGCCAAGUCACAACCAGGAGUGAUGAGUUGGUUCCUCUUUUCAGCGGAUCAUAAGAAAACAGAACGUUCUUGUUCUAAUGGUUUUAAACUUUCAAUUGUCACUUUUUAUGCUAAGUCUUAUGUCUGUAUAUAAAGAUGCAUGGAGAGAAAAAGUA